ACCAUCGUUAUCAGCUGACUGUGGGAAGCACUUGUCAGUUUGUUUUAGAGCAUCUGCCAAUAAUGACCGAUUGUUCGCGCAAACUGCCGGGCGACUCUCCCACGCGAUCACAACGUCGCACUCACAAUUAACGAGAAAUACACCACCACGCGCUACCUACCGACUACCGACUACCAACUACCACUACCACCAAUGACCAAUGACCACCAACUACCACUCCUUGAGAAUUCAGUAUACAGCGGCACGACUCUCCGCCGUGUCGGCGCUUUUGAUGUCAGUGCGAACAAAACGCAUGCGUCAAUAAGUUGGCCAAUAUCGCCAUCUAAAUUUUUCUUCCAUUUCUUUCCUUUUUUCCUCCCUCCUCCCCACCCGAUCAUUAUUUCAUUACCGGUAUACCGAUAUUAACGACGGUCGGUCUUAUAGAAGUUACGUCUCUCUGCGAAAGUUUGAGCGAUUAUAAUAGCCCUUGGUAUAAUAUUACGAUUUUUUUUAAUUAUACGGAUAUCACAUAAAACUAUAUAAAUUUCAAAGUGUAAUGUUGUUUUUUUAAUUUAAACUCCAAAUUUAAAUAAGGGUUUUUAAAUAAUGAACGAAAGGGAAGAGGUGAGGAGAGAAAUUUAGAUGGCGUUACUAGGCGAUUUGUUUAUCUCCCGUAUGAGAUCAUAUGAGAUUGGAGAUCUCCAUUCCGGCCGACAGAAUUAACAGCUGUACUGUUUAUAUACAGACUCGCAGGAUGUCUUUGCUAAUUCGAAGAUGCAAAUUCGACAGUUAUUGGCGAUAUUCGAAGCUUGUAAAUCGAAUAGAGUCUCAAGAACAUACAUUAACUAACCAAAUUUGGAUUUCAAGAAAUUUUUGCAAUAUCCAUGCAAAACCAAAUGUUCUGGAUAAAACUAAAAGAUUUUUAGAUUAUCUCGCGAAUGAGUACAAAAAUAAGUCUUGGAAAAAUAAUAACUUUUUCGAUUUUAUCGAUUUUAAUGCUUCCGACAGUUUAUUGAGCAAAAGAGUGCAGCUCAUGGAAAAUAUUCAGAACUUGCAUGAUCUAGGACAACAAGACAUAGAGUUGAAAAAAUUAGCAGAGGAGGAAAAAGCAUUAUAUAAAGAGCAACUAAAUGAAUUGGACGAGAGAUUAUUGAACGUAGUACUGACAAACAUGUAUAAAGACUUUUAUAAUAGCAUCAUUGUCGAAAUAACAGCAGGUGUCGGUGGUCAGGAAGCAAUGCUGUUUGUUAAGGAUUUGUAUGAUAUGUACAUGGGUUAUGCCAAAUACUUGGGUUUAGAUCAUGAAGUAAUUGACAUAGACAUAAAUGACAACAAGGGCAUUAGACAUGUCAGUAUUAUGAUAUCUGGUGAUCAAGUUGAUAAGUUCCAGUACGAGGGUGGUGUACACCGAGUACAGCGAGUACCAGCCACAGAAAGAUUAGGUCGGAUACACACUAGUACUGCCUCAGUAGCAAUUUUGCCAGUGCCAUCAGAAAUACAAAUUGCAAUCAAUGAGAAGGAUCUGAAAAUAGAAACAAAAAGAUCAUCUGGGGCAGGUGGUCAACAUGUGAAUACCACUGAUUCGGCAGUGAGAAUAACACAUCUGCCGAGUGGAACAAGCAUUACCUGUCAAGUACAUAGAUCACAAGAUAAGAAUAAAAAGAUGGCAAUGGAGAAAUUAAGGAGCAUUUUGUAUGAGCAGCAAUUGAACAAGCAAACGUCAUUUACAAGUGAGUUACGACAAAAGCAAAUGGGAAUGAAGUUCAGAAACGAAAAGAUCAGAACAUACAAUUACAAUCAGGAUCGCGUGACCGAUCAUAGACUGGGUCAGAAUGGGACACUUUAUAAUUUGACAGAAUUUAUGCAGGGUGGAGUGGCUUUAGAGAAAUUGGAAGACAGAUUGUGUAAUCACGUACAGAUGAAAACUCUGUUGGAAAUAAUCAAAAACCUUGAGAUGCAAUUAAAGUAAUGUCUAAUCUAAAAUUCUAAAAUUAUCAUUCUGAUAUAAAAAGUUGUAUAUAGGAUUCAUUUCAUUUAGGUAAGCUAUUGUGCAGAACAUAUUAUAAUCAAAUAUAUGUAUAAUAUUAACAUAUUCUCUCUUUGGCGGAAAUAUUAUCUUCUUCCACUUUAAUAGCAAUUUAAUUAAUUUAAUAACACACAUAGACGUCACACCAUGUUGCUAAUAAAACAUAUGAGAUUUUUUAUUUGCUUUUAUCUUAAUAUAAGAAUAAUUUACCUUAGUUGCGUAUUUUGAAACAACUUUAUCUCAUUAAAUACAAAAAUACAAAUAUAUAAUAAUAUACAAAAUCUAUACGUUUAUAAUUUCGUUUGUAGAUCAAUGCUUUCACUUCAUUCAUAAAAAUGGAAAAAUUCUUGUCAUUGUUAUAUGAAUACUUCUUUUUACAUUUGAAUUCCAUACAGGUCGAUUUUAUCUGUAGUGCAAUUCUAACUCGUCAAGAGGUGUCGGUAUCGUUAUACUGUCGUUGCGCAGCUUUUUUAUAACUAUAUAAUUUAUAUAACUAUAUAAAAUAUCUACGCAAAAACUGUAUAACGAUACCGAUCUCUUAACGAGUUACAGAAUAGCACUACUGUAGGCCUAUUCCGUAACUUUUAACGACAGUGUCGAUAUCGUUAUAAUGUCGUUGCGCACAUAUUAUAUAUGACAAAAAAGCUACGCAACGACAAUUAUAACGAUACUAAACUGUCGUUAAGAGUUACAGAAUAGGCCUACUAUAAAGCAAAUUACACACGAUACAUUACUGGUAUCUAAAGAGACUUUUACGUGCCGCAUGAUAGCAUUCAUUAAAAAGUCGAUUUUUUUUUUUUUUUUCCAUUUAAAUAAUCUAAACUUAUCUAUACUUAAUUUUUAGACUUUUAUUUUCGAAUUUUGGUAACUGUGCAGAUAUGAAAAUUCUGAAGUUGCUGUUCAUCAGAGAUUAACUUCGUUUUCUUUUUUAUUUCUUUAUUCAACUUUUUCAUCCUUCACAUUUUCUAGUUAAAUAGAAAGUGUUAUAUAAUUAUUAUAUAAUAUCUAUAAAUAAAUUAACUAUAAUUUAUAAAAAUAAAAUAAAAAAUUAGUUUAAUACCUUUCAUCUCUGAUCUUAUAUUCUCUUUCUUUACAUCCAUAAUAUCCAUAUCCAUUUUUGAAUUUUUUUCCAAACACAGCCUCUUCGUAAACCCCUUUAAUAUGAAAUAAUGUCACAAUAUCUACACAUUCUACAUUAUGCCUUCUGUGAUGCCUUAAAAAAAAA